AAGUGAAACUAUGAAUCUAAAGCGGAUUUAAACUGAGCUGAAAGCUCGCCGUAUACUUUACACACAUGUUUAUAUAGAAAUACGUCAAGUAUUGUCCUUUGUUCGUUUCUUAAACUAUCUUAAUUUUAUUUAGUCAUUUGUUUUUCGCUUUUUCGUCAUGAUGUCAAAUAGUGUUUUACUGGAAAUUACUGGAAAUGAGCUGGUCCACAUACUCAGGACCCCCCAGGACCAGUACACCUCUGACGGGUGCGUGGUCCUGGACUGCCGACCCUUUCUGGACUUCUCUCUCACGAACAUUUGCGAGUCCAGAAAUGUCAACUGGAACUCUAUGCUGCGCCGUCGAUCCAAGAGCUCGGUGGUGGCCCUGGAGUGGCUCAUCCCGGACAAGGCGCUGCUGGGCCGGCUCCGGGCCGGGCUGCUGUCCCCGGUGGUGGUGGUGGAUGAGCGGAGCCGCUGCCUGUCCGACGUGAAGCCGGAGAGCGUGGCGCACAUGCUGCUCAGCGCCCUGCAGAACGAAGUCCAGGCGCAGAUCUGCUUCCUGCAAGGUGGAUUUGAGGGAUUUUCAGAGGCCUUUCCAGAGCUGUGCCACUGUUCUGCCAGCAGUCAGCUCUCUCUGAUGGAGCCAGAGCCAGCAGUGACAGGCCGGAGCACUCCUGCAUAUGAUCAGGACGGUCCAGUGGAGCUGCUUCCCUUCCUGUUUCUGGGCAGCGCCGUCCACUCGUCCCGCAGAGAGAUGCUGACGGCAGCCGGUAUCACAGCAGUGCUCAACGUUUCCUCCACCUGCCCGAACCUGUACGAGGGGGAGUUCAAGUACCUGCGUCUGACAGUGGAGGACACGCUGGCUGCAGACAUCAGAGCAUGCUUCAAUACAGCCAUUGCUUUUAUUGACUCUGUGAAGCAGAGUGGUGGCAGGGUCCUGGUUCACUGUCAGGCGGGCAUCUCGCGCUCAGCCACCAUCUGCCUGGCCUACCUCAUGCACACGCAGCGUGUCCGUCUGAACGAAGCUUUCGACUUUGUGAAGCAGAGGCGUAACGUCAUCUCCCCCAACCUGGCUUUUAUGGGACAGCUGCUGCAGUUUGAGACGGACAUUCUCUGUCAGGGAUGAAGACUCGGACUCUCUGAAAGCUCGUUAAAACGAACCUAUUUCAAGAACGCUUUACUCUGCGGGUUUGGAGAAAAACAUGUGUUGCUGGCAUCACAAGACUGAAUUUUAUUUUAUUUUUUUUAAACAAAUCAAAUGGUGAAUUUGUUGCUGAUGCAACAAAGAGCGAUGGGCAUUGCAAAGCCUCGUCAUUAAAAACAGUUUAUAAAAAGACUGACUGACUGAGCCAACAGGUUGGAAUAGAAGCAAGGUGAUUUCCCUGAAGUACUUUCUGAGGAGAAAGAUGUUCCUGCUCGUCUUGAUUGGUGUGUUUGUGCCUUUUUUACUGGCACAAGUUUCUUUUCUUUUUUCUUCCUUGUUUGUACUUAAGUGUUUUGAGUUACAACCACAGACGUCUCUGAGAGACUCUUACAGCAAGAAAAAAAACAAUUUCGUGAUUUAUGCUGGAUUUAGAAUGCACUAAUUCUGUCCUAGGAAGGAAAAGUGACACUUAAAUUCAUUUUUGUAAAUAAUUCUUAUUUAUUUUUUAGAUUCACAAAACUGUAAAUGGUACUGACAUGUGCUGCACUUUAUACCUGCAAGUUUUGACCUGUUUCUGCUGUUAUUGUUUUUUUCCACGGAAUUAAAACUUGCUGAAGAACACA